AAAAAAGAAAACGUGAAAUUCUUUGUUUACAUGUAACUAUUAAGUUAUCCGAAGUUCAAUUUUAAAGAAUUUACCGGUGUUGUGGGAUUUUGAUUAGUGCUAAGGAAUAUAAUCGAAUUAAUUUCUGUGUCAAAAGGUUCAAAUUCUUGUUAGUGAAUAUUAUAACGAUGUGAUAAAAGCAAAUCCUUCGAUUACAUCAUGGCUGAAACUGAUGAAGAUCUCACUAUUCCUCGAGCUGCAAUGAACAAAAUGAUUAAAGAAUUGCUGCCUCAUAUACGUGUCGCUAAUGAAGCUCGAGAACUCAUUUUAAAUUGCUGUACUGAGUUUAUUCAUCACAUAUCAACAGAGUCCAAUGAAAUUUGUAAUAAGCAACAGAAAAAAACAAUUUCAGCAGAACACGUUCUUGCAGCUCUGGAUGCUUUAGGAUUUAGUUCAUAUAAAGAAGAAGCAGAACUUGUACUUAAGGACUGCAAAGCAAUGGCUGCCAAACGUCGUCGACAGAGCACUCGUUUAGAAAAUCUGGGCAUUCCUGAAGAAGAGCUGCUAAGACAGCAACAAGAAUUAUUUGCAAAGGCUCGUCAAGAGCAAGCCGAAUUAGAACAGCAAGAAUGGAUGCAAAUGCAACAAGCUGCUCAACAGCAACUUCAGUUACAACAGCAAAAUAGUCGAACUGAUGAUGAUGAAGAGGACGACUAUUGAAAUGGAAUUUAUUCAUUUAUAUACUUUUGUUAUCAACAUUUAUGUAAACAUUUGUGAUUCAUCAUUUAUUAAAUUGUUUUUUCUUUUA